AUGGCAACUUCACUUCUAGGGGAAGAACCGAGGUUAGGUUCAACUCCUCUGGCAAUGUUGGCUGCUACAUGUAAUAAAAUCGGCAGCCCCAGCCCGUCUCCAUCUCUGUCGGAUAACUCGUCCUUUGGGAAAGGAUUCCAUCCUUGGAAAAGAUCAGCUUCCAGUUGCAACAGCGGCUCGAGCCUUUCAGGUUUCGGGCUGUCGGGCUCCAGGAACGGGUCAGGACUGUCAGACUCCUUCAGUGUCAACACGGGAAACAGCGCUUUCUCUCUCACCUCCAACACCUCGUCCACCUCGCCCUUUGCGAACGAGUAUUCGGUCUUCCAGUCUCCGGUGUCCAGCAGCUCCCAGGACCCUGGCCAGUCAGUCUUCAUCUCCAAAGUUCACACCUCGGUGGACACUCUGCAGAACAGUUUACAAGGCAUUUACCCCAGGGUGGGCAUGGCACAUCCGUACGAGACCUGGUUCAAACCGUCCCAUCCCGGGAUCGCAGGGGACGUGGGCGGCAGCGCUUCGACUUGGUGGGACGUGCACCCGGGAACGGCGGGUUGGAUAGACGUUCAAAACCCUAACGGGGCGCUGCAGUCCACCUUGCACUCCAGCGGCCUGCAGUCCUCCCUGCAUUCCCCUCUGGGCGGCUACAACUCGGACUAUUCCGGCCUCGGCCACUCGGCCUUCAGCACAGCGGGUAUCAACGGGGCAUCGUCCCACCUGCUGACCACCAGCCAGCACCUGAUCGCUCAGGAGGGCUUCAAGCCAGUCCUGCCCCCCUCGUACCCGGACUCGGCUCCCUCGCCGCUCGGCGCCAACUCCAUGCUGGGCAGCCCGGCCGCGCUGGGAGGCUCCCCCCGCUCCUCAGCCCGGCGCUACUCGGGCAGAGCGACCUGCGACUGCCCCAACUGCCAGGAGGCCGAGCGCCUGGGGCCGGCCGGCGCCAGCCUGCGGAGGAAAGGGCUGCACAGCUGCCACAUCCCGGGCUGCGGGAAGGUCUACGGCAAAACGUCGCACCUGAAGGCGCACCUGCGCUGGCACACGGGCGAGAGACCCUUCGUGUGCAACUGGCUGUUCUGCGGCAAGCGCUUCACACGCUCGGACGAGCUGCAGCGCCACCUCCGCACCCACACGGGGGAGAAGCGCUUCGCCUGCCCCGUCUGCAACAAGCGCUUCAUGCGGAGCGACCACCUGAGCAAGCACGUCAAGACGCACCAGAGUACCGGGCUGGGCGGAGGGGGGGUCGGGGGCGGCGGGGGGUCGGCAGGGAUCGGGGGCAGCGGCAGCAAGAAGGGCAGCGACACCGACAGCGAGCACAGCAACCCCGGUACCCCGCGGUGCCAGUCCCCGGACCUGCUCCAGGCGGCGGUGCACAGCGGCCCCGGCGUCACCCUCAACGGCCACAACCACGGCAUAGAGUGAAGCUGCGCACCCAGGAAGCAAAGGAAAAAAAAAAAAAAAAUACUUAUAACUUUAUU